AUGUAUGAUUAUUAUCGUACGACAUCGAACGAUUGUCAUCCUAUUCUAUUUGAACCCAUUCUUUUCUUUCAAAAUGAACCAAUACCAAUUGCUCCAUCAGUUGUUGAUGAUCUUACUACUCUUGCAUCAGCGAUUUAUAUUAUUUCAUUUAUUAUUAUUAUUUUUAUUCUUCUUGCUUUGAUUACACAUUACAAUGCUCCAUGUUCAUCACUUAUUACAUCUAUUCUAAGUACAAUAACUAGUUUACCUGAACCAAUUAUUCAUUCAGUUGCUCUUUGUGGUUCAUGUUGUGUAUGGUGUGAAAAAAUAUGGCUCUUUCGUCGUAUUCAUCAAUUUAAUAUAUGGAUACCAAAUAAAAUCAAACAAUUUCUAUCAGUUACAUGUAAAGUCUUGUAUGAUACAGCCUAUCCUUGUUGUCAACCGCCUGAUACACCAUUGAAUCGAUCUAUUAUCGGAAAAUCUUAA